CUGAUUGUUAGACGAAAAAGGCGUAGGAGCGACACAGUACCAAAACAGGUUCUUCGAUACCCAUAAAAGCAACCAAACUGAAAAAUGGCAAACGAUGACGCAAACGCAAAACUUGACGGUGUAAUUUUAAUCGUUAUUCAUUUAGCGAUUCACAUGUACAUCAUUUGUUUAGUCGCUGACCUUCGGAAAGUGAUGUUACACCGCGAAAAUUGCGUUAUCAGCUUAUCAGGAAUACGGUGUUUUUAUUUCAAGCACCUAACGGUCGUUUUGUAAUGUUUACCUGGAAUUUCAAUAAACACAUAAUAGUUGUAAGUUGAGUCCGUUUUUGUAAUAGCAGUUUAAUUAAAAACGGAUAUAGCGCAGUUUUGUUGUGACAGUGUUAGUUUGUGCAAUACUCGUGGAUGAACUCGGUGCUAUUUUGAUAUAAUUUUGAAGGAAUUAUUCUCCAACGAAGACCAUCACUGACGGAAUAAAAGCCCUAACGUCCAUCAGAAUGUCCCCAUAAUUUGUUCCAAAAUGAACAAAAAUCCGCUAACUGAUCCUCCCUUUUCAUUACUUUUAAUCUAGUCUUUACCAUGGACCCCAUACGUCUCCUCGCCUUCCAGAUUUUAACCCUAUGGACGAUUCUAGUACAAGUACACUGCUGCGACUUGGAGCAAAUGUUCGGUGAGAGACAGGUGAGCGUUGAAGAGAGCACGUUAGAGUGUGACGUGGCCUUCAGAGGGUUGGAUCUGCCCAGCGAGCGCCUCGCACUGUCGAAAGAUCCAGACGCGGAUGCAGAAGGAGGUGUGGUGGUCAACUUUGACCUGGUCAACACGUACAAAGGCGCCGACGUGCUCAGCAAGCUCGGAACCACUACCAGCUAUAGACGUGUCAACGUAACUUUUCCAUGGUACAUUCAGCAACGAAAUUGCCCAGAAGGCAUGGACGUACCAUCCGAGUACAUAGUGUUCUGCAAACUGGUCGGCAACCGUUUUCGCGUCGUCUCGCUGGCGAAAUGGGACGAAGAGUCAGAUGAAAGGGUGUGGCUCGCUUUAGGGUGGAGCAAAUGGAGUGAGUGGUCUUCCUGCAGUGUGACUUGUUCGAUGGGAAUUCAGCAACGUACGAGGCAUUGCCUUGUAGAAGAGUGUCAAGGUUUCAACGUGGAGCAGCGACAUUGCAAUCAGUUUGGAUGCGACGAAGCAGUUAAUCCCUUAGAGCUGUCUGAACAUAAGUUCUUCCAUCCGUCCAAAGAAAUAUGGCGGAGGGUACCAGAUAGACCGGCAGCUUGGCACCUGGAGCCCAACUCCUACAUUUGGCUGCCGUCUGCGCAGCUGUUCAGAAAUCAAAAGGACAGGCCUUUCCCUAAGCAGUUUGCUAUGUUCAUCACGAUUAGAAUAAUAAACUCGACGUUAGGGACGAUACUGAGUUUGCGUUCAAGAAGUCGGCAAGAUACGUACCUGUCGUUGGAAGCAGCUGGCGGGAAUACAGGAGACUUGAAGCUGGUCCACGCAGCUGCGAAUGGCACCGAUGUUUUGAGAAUACCUGCGAAGUUGAACGACGGACAUUGGCACCAAGUUGCUCUCAGCAUUCGUGACGACAGUGUAGUUGAUACCUACGUAGACUGCGAAUGGUCAAGAACUGACAUCCUAAGAACCCACACAUUGGACAUUCCAGAUGAUUCGGAUCUCAUGAUUGGAUACCUGUUCGCAGGUGAUUUGGAGCAGUUGACAAUCGUCCCGGACCCCAGACUAGUCAGUCUGCAAUGUUCUUCUUUGCGAACGCCUAUCAUAGAUCCAGAUUUCACGGAUACCAUCGGCACACUUCAGCAAAGGAUCGGAAAACAUAUUUUGGUUAAAAUACAUAAAAGCAAUGAUGAAACUCAUACUGACUGAAUGUUUCGAUAUUAUUCUAAAAUAUGGUGCUGUCAGGAGUGUUGUCUAGUAGUGUGGAAAUUCUUGGCUACUUUUGGGCAUUGAAACAUCGAUCUUGACUUAACAGGAUCAGUUGCCGUCCAACAGUCUGAAAAAAUCAUAGCUGAUUGUGCAAGGAUCUUGACUGUUCUGCCAUACGACUUUAGCUUUAAGUUAUAUUUAAAGCCAAGAUGGUUUAUGCAGGGUGGUUCCUAAUUGAAUAUCAAUAUUUUAGACGGCGGUUUUUUGGUCCAUUUUAAAAGGAAAAGUUCAUAUACAAGGUAUAAAUUAAGCAUGUGCUAACAGACGAUUCUUUGAGACGAGUUUAAAAAAUGAUUUUUCGUAGAUAUCUCAAGUAUACCUUAUUUUGUUGUAAUUUGGUGGUGUUCAUAAUAUUAAGGAGCUGGCAUCACGAGCAGGAUCUGAACGAAUAUUUGUAAAAAAAAUUUGGUCAAUUUUUAUUAUGUUAGUUGGAUUAGGCGAAUGAGAAAACGGUUUUUUUUCAGUUUGAAUUUUUUUGUAUCCUGCCUAGCUUUGGAGAAAAUGAAGUCCACUUAAUUGCAUAUCUCUGGACCACAAAGGAAUAUGGGGAAACGUAUCUUUUGUAAAUUAUUUUUUUUAUAAUGUUUCAUCAAUUAUAUAACAACAAUAACAAGUACUAAAUAAUAUCAACUUAGCUAGUAAUGAAAAUUUAUACAAAAAAUAAUUUCCUUCUGUGGUCCAGGGAAUUAAGUGGACUUUUCUUUGUCGAAAACUUACCAAGGUACGAAGUUCUAUUUCUAUUUGCUUAAUUGACAGAACAUAAUAAAAGUCGCACAAAUGUCAUUAAUACCACCACCAAAUUAUAACAAAAUUAGGUAGAGGAUAUUCAAGACAUUUCCGAAAAAACAUUCUUUAAAUUGCACCCGGUAUCUUGGAACCGAAAAAUUUACCGACGUAUGUUUAUGUGAAGUGUUUGUCUUGAAAUUACGCAAAGAAUCGUUUGUUACUUAAUCAACAGUCUGUAUGCGUAUGUUCUAAGUUUCCUAACUUUGAGAUACAGCAUGGUUGUCUUCAAAAAUAAAUCUUACUUCAUAUAUUUUAAUGAAAUUUGACCCACUAUGUAUCAAGAGACAUUUUGGUACACAUUGAUGACAUGCCACUGAUUUCUCUUGAAAUAAAAAUUAUUUUUAAAAUCCCGAAUCAUUUUUAAGCAAAUUUUAUCCGAUGCACGGCUUUCGCUUGGAAAAUUAAGCCGUUUUCUCUGUAUGAGAACGACAAUAUCGUUAAUAUGACAAUAUUACCAUGCAAAGAAAUAGGUUUUAUUUAUUUAGGUUAAAGCGAAGCGUUGGACUAAAAAUUCAAGAGAUCAUAAAUCGAAAACACACUCUAUUUUUUUCAUUUCCAGAGAAUUCAGCAGUGUUCCAAUUAUUGAUUCUUAAACCUUUACCUUCCUGUAUCUCAAAAUCUAAGACGCUUAGAAAUAGACGCAAAAAUAGCCCUCUCAACUAUUGACAUCCAAUUAGGAAACACUCAGUAUAAUUGUACCGAAAUAAACAUUUAUUAUUUCUUUUGUAUUCAUUUUUUUAUAAAACAUCGACUUUUCAGCAGUAGGCUUGUUACUAUUUUCGUGAUGUGUUUUGAUAUUUCAUACUUCUUGGAUACUGGUCCAAGCUGAUUAUUGCAAAAGCGAAGAGGACUUCAAAAUUCAACGCAUUGUAUACCUAAAAAUAUUUUAUUCGAAAAUGUACUAUUCAACUGCCAGAUAAAUAUCACUUUUUCAAUAAUUUAGUUGGUGAAUUACAAUUUGUACAGGAUGUUUUUAUAUUAACGAUGAGCUUGGCUAUAUAUGUGUGUAUAUAAUAUAGUAUAAGUAAAAUUUCUAGUUUGAUGUUAUGCUUUUGUAAUAGAACAAAUCUCGUCGUAGUUAUACAGAGCAACAAAUGUUGAGAAGUAUUAUUGUCUUUCGGAGACUCUAAAAUGAUAAAUUUGAAUUACAGAAACGUUACGCCUUUCUAUAACCAUGCCGAAAAGCAUAAAACAAACGUUUUACUAUUCAAUCAAAAUAUUAUAUUUGUUACUUGGUAAUCACAGUUUAUCGGAGAUAUAAAUGUUGUGUAACUUUCAUUUGGAUUUUACCUGCAAAACAAUAUGCACUCGUUAAAUAUAACACGUUGAAUACGGGGUAUUUGGUUAUAUCAAAACAAAGAAUAAUAAAAGAACCCAGCACAAAACGUAUGAAAAAUCGGUCCACGUCGAUUUGUCUAAAAAUUCGGAAUAAUAUAUUUUUCGCCUUCCUGAACAAAAGUUCUCAUGGGACUAAGUAUGGUUAGUUUCUGAGAAAUGAGGAGGUGAAGUUUGCCGAUUUGCAAAAAUGGUGAAUGUGGAUUUAAAAUUGAUUUUUAAAUUCCUAGCGAAAACCAAUUAAAUGCAGCAGGUACCAAAUCCAUUAGACUUAUUCAUAUAAAAUAGCUAUCGCUCUUAUUUAUAGAUACCACCUUCCAAUUAUUAUUGAGGGGAGAUGCUAAUGCUGAAUUAACGCAACGUCAGACUAGCGUCCGAUGAUGUAGAAUGUAUCCCCACACAAGGCAUUUACUCACGGUUUAAAAAUCCAAUAAAGUAUAAACUGUGGAUAAGUUAUAAUCAGUUUUAUGAAAAAAAUGAGGACUUACCUGAUGAGUAUGCAAUAAUUAAUGACCAUUAUAGCAAAUGUAAAGCCGCAGGCAUGUUUUUUUUAUAUCUUACCCGUACAGACCAAAACAAAGAUCUGAAAUUAAUAGUGAAUAAAUUACAAUACCUUAAAGCUAUGCUACAUUUUUUUCGAUUUCAAAGUCACUUGACCUUGAAUCAACCCGGUGAAGUUCAUAAUUUAAGGGAACGAAACAACUCGGAAUUGUGUUAUUUUUUUAAUUAUCGAACAACUCGUAUUUCAGUGUCAACGUGUAAAGGAAGAUUGCUUUUGAAUUGACUUUUAAGGGCCAUUGCCAAGAUCACCAUUAAACCUCACACGUUCCUAAAAGGUUUUUAAAUGAAAUUAUUUCGAGUAACAAUUCUUAGAGUAUUAGAAAACGAAUCAUAAGACUGUUUUGGUCACAAGUCGACUUUUGUUCAGGAAGGCGAGAAGUAUAUCAUGCUGAACUUUUAGAUAAAUCAGCUGCGACCCAUUUUCCAUAUGUUUCGUCCUUAAGUAAAGAAAAUAGCGGAACAGUGAUACACCUUUUGGUUUGACUACUAUGAAUUAUAAAAAAUGAUUUAGAAUACUAUACUAUUUUCAACAUUAAAACGUAUUAAACGUGAAUUAAGGAACACGAUGGGCCGAGAACGUCUUAAUCAUCUCACUUUGUUGAAUAUCGAGCAUGAUUUGCUUAAAGAAGUCGUUACUCUCUCUAAAUUUGCCCAUAUUAAAUCCAGAAACGUUUAUUUGUAACAAUUUUGUUUUAUUUAAUACCCUAAACUUGAGGACCUAAAGCAAACCAAGACCUUGACGGAAUUUGCUACAGGCCCCGCGCUGGCUUAAUCCGGCGCUGUAAGCAAUGGAAUAUAUUUCACCACGUCUCCUCCUUACUCUUGCACGGCCAUCAUGUGUGCCCAAACAGAAUCUGGACUCAUCUCUAAACACGACUGAUUGCCAUUCCAUGUUCCAUUCAAGUCUCUCCCCACUCCAAACCUAUCGUUGCCGACUAUACUGUGACGUCAGAGGUAGUACAAGAAGGGGACGGUAUGAAAAUGGUACAAAAGACCUUAUUCUGUAACUCGUCGAUUUUGGCCUUCUUGGGUCCACGGUCUACAACAUCUCAUUACAGUAGCUUCGUUUCGAUUCACCUCGAGAAAAUCCGGCUUCAACCCGAUAUACGACCCGCUCUCAAACUCGCACCUCUAGGCAUGAUAAUGCGAUGAAACAAAUGGAACCAACACAGAAAAAUCGCUAAAUAUUAAGAUGACAUGUUCACAUUGUUCGGAUCCUGAUAUGCCUUUACAAAGAAAAAGUACUGCUCGGAAUGCCUCCAACAUUUUAUCAGCGUGUACGUCCAGGAUAGCAAAGAUGUUUACAAGUGUUUAUCAAAGUUCGAUUAAUAAUUCUGUGUGUUGCAUUUUAUGUAUCACUUAGUACAAUUUGGACUGCAAAUGUAGCAGAUCUAUUGUCAACCGAAUAUCCCGUAGAAUCUUCAUAUAGUCAGCAGAUGUAACUUUGCCUUACAAAAUACCUUGAUGAUGUAUGUACAGCGUAUAGGAUAAUGGAAAAUAAAGAAUUCACUUUUUGUGGGGCAAAGUCUAUCAUCUUUGCCAUGCGGCUUAAAGUCUUGGUUUAUAUUACGCAAAACUGACAAUAACAGAUUUUUCGUUUCGACAUUCUAGGUGAAUUAAUGUGUUGUAAAUAAAUAUCCAUUUUUUUAAAUAA